AUGUGUUCAGGUGAUGUUUUCCGAAUGGGGUCCGGUACCUACAGGAUCACUCAACAUCCCAAGGACAAUUCCGAGCAUCGCCUCCGAGCUGAGGUCACACUGAUACCCUCGUCUACAAGUCUGCCAAAUCACUGUCACCCAGCGUGCGAGGAGACCUGGGAAGUCAAGAAAGGCAAGCUGCAUGUGACCUUUGAGGAGCGAGAGAUCACUAUCGGUGAAGGGGAGUCAUACACAGUGCCCAGGGGCGUCGGUCAUGUUGUCCGCAAUCCAACAAACGAUACUGUUGAAUUUACCUGGACCUCCGCGCCGGCCCUGGGGCUUGACGAAUUGGUCGAGAAGACGUCCGCGCUUGGCCGUGGGGCAGCCGGCUUCAACGCCAUCUUCUACCUUGAGGAGUACCUCCUCGAUAGCUUGGCCCGGAAGACCACCUCGGCACGAGACGCUCUGAGCCAGGUCGGCGAGACAAUAGACAUGGCUGGUGGCUUGGCUGCACUGUCGGCCGCGGCCCGUGUGCUUGCAGAGCACAAGACUGUGAUGGCAGGCAUGGCUCCUGUGGCUGUUCGCGAACAGCUCCUGGACAUGCUAGCUUCACUCCCUGUUGAUCAAAGCAAAACCUGA